UCGAAUGAAAUGUUAAAACAAAUUCAAUUAAACUUAAAACAAAUUUUACCACCAGUGUUACGACAAACUACGGCAACAAAUGAACGAAAUUUAUCCACGAAAACAUAUGAUGUACAGGCAACAUCAAUUGUUGAAUUAUUUAAUUCGGCAUAUAAUAAAACAAAAGAGAAGUGUAAUUCAAAAAAAUUACCUAGAGAUGUGAAUGUUAAAGCUGUUUUUGCUUGUAACGAAUUGGAUUUGAAAGAGGUGAAAGUUUAUGGAUUCGAUUAUGAUUAUACAUUGGCAUGUUAUAAACCAUCCAUGGAUUUUUUAUUGUACAAUCUUGGAAGGGAUAUUUUGCUUAGGAAAUAUAAAUAUCCAAAAGAAAUUGGUAAUUUAGAAUAUAAACCAGGAUUUGCCGUACGUGGACUCCAUUAUGAUAUCGAGAAAGGUGUUUUACUCAAAUUAGAUUCAUUUUUACAAAUUCAAUUUGGUACAGUUUAUCGUGGUCUGAAAGCGUUAUCAAAUGAAGAAGUAUUAGGUUUAUAUAAAAAUCGAAUAAUACCGAUUGCAUAUGUUGAAUCGAAUCGACAAGGGCAACCGGAUUCACACCCAAAAAUGGUCCAAUUAGCUGAUUUAUUUUCAGUACCUGAAAUGUGUUUAUUAUGUAAUGUAGCUGACUAUUUUGAACGGAAUCAUAUUGAUUAUCAUCCAGAAAUAUUAUUUCGAGAUGUGAAAAAUUCAGUUCAAAGUAGUCAUCCAAUUAUGCAUGGAAUUGUAACACAAAACGUAGCCGAAUAUAUCGAACAUAAUAAAGAUUUACGAAGAUUUUUCGAUCGAUUGCAAACUGCUGGAAAGAAAUUAUUUUUAGUAACAAAUAGUCCGUAUCAUUUUGUAAAUAAAGGCAUGGAACUAUUAGUUGGUAAAGAUUGGAAAAUGAUAUUUGAUGUAAUUAUUGUGCAAGCAAGAAAACCACGAUUUUUCACUGACGAAUCUCGACCAAUACGAUUAUUUGAUGAACAUAGAGAAAUGCAUGUAUGGGAUAGAGUUACUCGAUUAGAAAAAGGCACAAUUUAUUACGAAGGGACUGUUAAACAGUUACAAGAUAUGACUGGCUGGCGAGGUCAUCAAGUACUUUAUUUUGGAGAUCAUCCGUAUAGUGAUUUAGCGGAUGUGACGUUAGAACAUGGAUGGAGAACUGGUGCCAUUAUUAAUGAAUUAACGCAUGAAAUCGAAACAUUAAAUAAACCGAGAUUUAAGCAAAAUGCAAAUUGGUUACAAAUGUUAACCCAAUUAAUUGAGGAUCAUCAAGAUUUUGAUGAUGCUGAGGCUCAAGCAAUUCUUGCCAAGUGGAUGCAAGAGAGAGAUGUAUUACGAAAUGAAAUAAAAAAAGUAUUUAACGAACAAUUUGGCAGCGUAUUUCGUACAUACCAUAAUCCAACAUAUUUUUCACGAAGAUUAUUCCGAUUUGCCGAUAUAUAUACGUCCAACAUUACAAAUCUAUUGAAUUAUUCAGUAAAUCAUACAUUUUAUCCACGUCGAGGUGUUAUGCCCCAUGAGUCAAUUAUAACAUCAUGAUGAGUGAGGAACACUGUGGAUACUAAUUUUGUUCAUACAUAAAUCAAUCAAAUAUCACACUAUUCACGGAAUGAUGGAAUUAUCUGAUCAUUUUCACACAAAAAAGAGUGUUUCAAAUUGAUAGGUUGGUGGGGAGUUUGAUUCGAGACAAUAAUAUUUUCAUUUUGAGUUUGCUUACUUUUUUUUUUCAUUUUUGAAAUUGCUAACAUCAUUUACAGAUCAUUGAUUAAUAAAUUUUUGAAUCUUAAGGGAUAAUGCCACUCAGUAAUUUACCAAAAAAUGGUCGUUUUAUUUACAAUUUAAAGUUCGUAGAAAUUAUUAUAAUGCUUUAAUUACAUGCCUAAAAUUUGAUAUAAGAAAAUAACUCAAGUAAUUGGUUUUUUGUAGUAAAAGUUUGCAGGAAAAAGCUAUAAGAUUCAAAGGGAGACCUUUUUAUACUUCGUAUUGUAAAAAAGCAAACUUUUUGUUAAAACAAUUUUUCGAUAUCAAUAAUUUAGUUUCACAACAGAUUAUUAUGUAAAUAUAGACUAAAAAUUAAAUUGUUCUAUCUUUUAUAAGCUAUCGACAUCUCUUUUGUUUUGACAUAUCUUUUGUUUGAAAUAAACUUCAGAAUGUCCACCUUUUUUUGGUGCUGAAAAAAAUAUCUUAUUUCAAAGAAAGUGUGAAACUUCGCAUGAAUGCCACGAAAUAAUUUUUCUCACCUGCGUGCAGAAAGUGUCAACUUCCUGCCCACUGUACAAAACGAAGUUGUCGCUGUCUGCUUCUGUCGGGGAGAAAAAUAGUAUACACACCACGGGAGCGAGUAAAGAAUGUCUCAGAUCUGAUGUUUGUCACCCUAGGUUACGCCUCGGGCGACAAUGAACAUGAGAUCUGAGACAUUCUUUAUUUUUGCUCCCUAG